AUGAAGCUUUUACUGCCGGUUUUAUCGGCAGUACUUGCCGAUGAUCGCAUUCGCGGAGUAUCGAUUACUCGUCAGUCAUUGUAUCCACCUGGAACACACUUUACUUGUCUUGAUGGCUCCAAGAAAAUUCCUUACUCUUAUCUCAACGAUGACUUCUGCGACUGUGAUGACGGAUCUGAUGAGCCCGGUACUUCAGCCUGUCCUACUGGGCGAUUUCAUUGUCCCAAUGCUGGGUUCGCUCCUCAGAAUAUCAUCAGUUCCCGAGUAAACGACAUGAUCUGUGACUGUUGUGAUGGGUCCGAUGAGUGGGGCGGCUUUGUCGAGUGCCCGAACACCUGCAAAGAGGAAUAUCUCAAAGCUCAUGCGGCAAAGAUCCAGGCUAGAAUUGAGCAAGCUCAAGGUUUCGAAAAGCGAAAGAGUCUCGUCGACCUUGCCCUCGUCCAAAAAUUAGAUGAUGAAGAAGAACUUGCCGCUGCCGAACCUGGAAUCAACGAACUCAAAAAGGCCAAAGAUGAUGCCGAAGCGCUUAAAAUCGAGGCCGAAGAGCUUGAAACAAAGGUCAACGAGGAGCUGGAAGCAAUCAAGAACCAGAAGAUCCUAGACAGGGCAGCGACGUACUCGGAAGAAGACAUCAGCGAAAUCGCUUUCAAUCAUCUUGAUGCAAACAAGAACGGCGAAAUCGUGGUCUACGAAAUAACGACUCAAAAAUAUCUCGAUCCUAAGCCCGAGACAUCUUCAUUUACCACCAAGGAGGCGAAAGAAGUCAUGAAGCAAAAAGAUAAAAUUUACCUUGAAGACUUCCGCACAGAAAUUUGGCCGGAAAUACGGGAAAAGAUCUUGCCGAAGCUCGAGCGAGCAAUGAACGAUUGGGAUCGAGCUAUCGAGGAAGCCAAUAAAGUAGAUGAGCCCGAAGAGCCAGGAGAGCCAUCUGAAGAACAAGUCGCUGAGUCAGAAGAAGCACUUGAUGCCAUGGAAGAUGAGCUUGACAAUGAAGAGUACGAUGAUGAUGAUCAUGACUUGCUUGACGACGAGUAUGACUUUGACGACGACGAUUACGACUACCGAGACUACAGAGAUACUCCAGAGCCAAUCAAAGACGAUGAGAACGUUUCUGAAGAGCAUCAAAAGAUAUUCGACGCUGCUAAAGAUGCAAGAAGAAUUUUUGACGAUGCUGAUCGAGCAUUGAGAGAUGCCGAAAGCAAAGUUAGCGAGAUUCGUGAGCGAUCAGAGCGAGACUUUGGCCCAGACGAUGUUUUCAGAAGCAUGCACAAAGUCUGCUUUGAGUUCAAAACCACUGAAUACAUCUACACGCUUUGUCCAUAUGAUAAGUGUGAGCAAAAGCCGGCUAAUGGCGGCAGUGGUACAAAAUUAGGCAAUUGGGAAGGCUUUGAAGACGAUUUCAAAGUGAUGAAGUUUACCAAUGGUGUCAAAUGCUGGAACGGGCCAAAUCGUAGCGCGAUUAUCAAACUAUCAUGUGGAGUUGAAAACAAAAUUCUCUCAGUUACUGAGCCUAACCGCUGCGAAUACGAGUACAAGUUUGAAACGCCCGCGGUCUGCAGCGAGCCAGAGCCUAUCCCGGACCAUGACGAGCUAUAA